UUCCUAUUGGCUAAUUUGCCCGUUCAGCGCCAAACACACCCCAAAAGCUCAUGCCAGAGCAAUAACAUCACGAAACGCACCAACACACAGACUCAUUUUAAUGUAACCACUACACAGUGAACAGUGCUACUCUAGUGAUGGAGUCAAACAUGAUCAACGAAGAGGUCACACACUUGCUGUCACCUCCCAGCACACCCCCCAUGAAAAACGUGUCCGAUGAAGAGUCCACUCUUCAGUCCUUGCGGACUCUCUUGGAGAGGAAACGCGCCUCCCCAAUCCUCCUCACCCCCCAACCCUCGGACUCAGAGCCCGAGGAGUUGGACUACCCUCCCAAAAAACGUUUUUGUAAAAACGAAACCGAGUUGGCCCGCCACCUCCUCAGCCACACUCCACCCCCUGAACCCCCUCGCACCUUCUCCGUAAUAAUGCACGCCAACAAAGACGGCUCCUGCACCCGCGCCCCCAUCCCCCUGGAACCCCAAAUGAACAUCCUCCGCAGCCUCAAGUUCAAAAUGGGGACGCGCAAGGAGAAGGUCUACGUCAACAGCAAAGACACGGGCAAAGAACCCCCCAAACAGACGUCGAAGAUCAUCCUCCCUGCCAUCGCCCCCAAGUUCAACCAGCCCCAGGCUGUCUUCCUGGCGGCUGACGGGACGACCACGUUCAUCCCGGGGGCGCAGUUGGUGUUGCUGACGCCGACGCCCCCGCAGCCGCCCCCGCCAGCCCGGCGCAGGGUGUACGAGUGCACGUUCAAGGGAUGCAAUAAGAAUUAUUUCAAGUCGUCGCAUCUCAAGGCGCACAAUAGGAAGCACACGGGGGAGAAGCCCUAUAAGUGCGAGUGGGAGGACUGUGGGAGGAGGUUCUCGCGGUCGGAUGAGUUGUCGAGGCAUAAGAGGACUCAUACGGGCGAAAAGAAGUACAAGUGUAGUUUUUGCGAUAGGGGGUUCAUGCGGUCGGAUCAUUUGACCAAACAUGUGAAAAGGCAUACGAAAGACAGGGCGGGGUUGCAGCCCCAGAAAAUGUUCGUGCCGGGGCUGCUGAGGCCGCUGCAGCCAGCGCCAGCCUAAGACUUUCUCUCGAUUAUUUUUCGUUGCUGCCGAUCUUUUAGUUUAAUGCAAAUUCGCACGACUGAUUUCGCGUUGUAAAAAAGACAUUCCACUCUUCAUCGGGUCAAUUGUUACAUUUACAAUGUUAUCUGUGAUUUUUUUAUAUUAUUUAUUUUAGGAUAGUGAACACUAACUGUAUUAAGUCACUUGUGUAUUAUGUACCUAUGUUAUUGUAUUUGUAAGAAAGAAUAGAUUUUUUAUAUAAUCACGA